AUGCCUGCCACAACAGCAGAAACACUCUCCCUCGUCACUCGAAACGUCACCGUUGCGCCCCUCGUUCUCCUCUCUGCGGUCGACCACUACAACCGAACCACUUCUACCAAGACAAAGCGACGUGUCGUGGGUGUCCUGCUGGGCCAGAACGAUGGCAAGGACGUGAGAGUAUCCAACAGCUUUGCUGUUCCCUUUGAGGAAGACGACAAGGACCCCUCAGUGUGGUUCCUUGACCACAACUAUGUCGAGUCGAUGAACGACAUGUUCAAGAAGGUCAACGCCCGAGAGAAGCUGAUAGGCUGGUACCACACCGGCCCCAAGCUGCGCGCAUCCGACUUGGAGAUCAACGAGCUCUUCAAGCGCUACACACCCAACCCCCUCCUCGUCAUCAUCGACGUGCAGCCCAAGGAGUCGGGCGUUCCCACAGAUGCUUAUUUUGCCGUUGAGGAGAUCAAGGAUGAUGGCACAACCACCUCGCGAACGUUUGUUCACACCCCUUCGAUCAUCGAGGCCGAGGAGGCAGAAGAGAUUGGCGUCGAGCAUCUGCUAAGAGACAUCCGCGACGUUGCUGCGGGAACCCUAUCCACACGAAUCACCAACCAGCUGCAAUCGCUCCAGGGUCUACACCUCCGCCUGCGAGACAUUGGAGCCUAUCUCCAGAAGGUCCUCGACAAGCAAUUGCCAGUCAACCACGCCAUUCUAGGCAACCUGCAGGACGUCUUCAACCUGCUUCCCAACCUCACCUCGGCCGAGGGAGACAGCAAGUCGGGCGCUGGCGAGCUUUCAUAUGCGAUGAGCAUCAAGACCAACGACCAGCUCAUGGCUAUUUACCUGAGCAGUUUGAUACGCGCGAUUACGGCAUUCCACGACCUGAUCGAGAACAAGAUCCAGAACCGGCAACAGCAGGAGGACAAGGAGGCAAAGAAGGAGGAGGUCAACGGCAAGGACGAGAAGAAGGAGGGCACUAAUGGCGCGAGCGGCGAGUCCAAGGAGGGCGCCGACAAGGACAAGGAGACCAAGGAGAAGGAGGCGAAGAAAUAA